AUCUUCUCCGCCUCGGCACCAUGGCUCCGUCGAAGAAGGCCUCGAGCCGGACGACCAAGAAGAGCGUGGUGCGGGGCAGAAAGCUCGCCUCCUUCCUCAAGGACUUCGACCGUGAAGUACAAAUUAGAUCGAAGCAAAUACAGUCAGAUGCCCAGAACCUCAUCAAAGAAGUAGACAAUCUUUACAACAUUGAAAUCCUCCGGCUUCCCAAGGCCCUUAGAGAAAUGAAUUGGCUUGAAUAUUUUGCUCUAGGAGGAAGCAAACAGGCCCUGGAAGAAGCAGCUACGGCUGACUUGGAUAUCACAGAGAUAAAUAAGCUGACAGCUGAAGCUAUUCAGACACCCUUGAAAGCCGUCAAAGCAAAGAAAGCAGCAAAAGUGGCUGAGAUGAUUAAAGAAGAAGAAGCUGAAAAUAUUAAUCCUCAGACUACAAAGGCAAAGAAGUGCCCAACGACCAAGAAGAGGGCUCAGUCGGUGCGAGCAAACAGCAGAAACAAAAGGUCAAACCAAAGUAGUCUUGUUACUCCAGCCAUGGGCAGAUCUGAUUUCUCAAUGUUAGGACCAACUCCAGGCCCGACUCCCAGGUUUGAUUCCAGGAUCUUCAAGACCCCAGGCCUACGUACUCCUGCAGCCAGAGAGCGGAUUUACAACAUCUCUGUGAAUGGCAGCCCCCUGGCUGAUAGCAAUGAGGUCUUUCUCACUGUGCCAGUGGGCGGAGGAGAGAGCAUGCGCUUAUUGGCCAGUGAUUUGCAAAAAGUGGAUCUGGCUCAUCUGGAUCCAGAGGCCUUGGGAAACAUUAAGAAGUUAUCUAAUCGACUUGCUCAGAUUUGUAGUAACUUACGGACCCAAAAAUGAAGCAGCUGAAGUUCUUCAAGAAGCUCAAGCCAGUCGUGAUGGGGACUUAGCAUGUACAACUUCGCCAUCUCCAAAGGAUUUCUUCAGGCUUGUUUAUUUGGGUCCAAAGUUUUUAUAAAGGGAUUGACUGACCUUUUGACUGGUGGGAUAGUAGAGAUCAUGGAGAUACACAUGCCUUCUUCUCAUCCCCCUUCUACCAAAACCCUCAGGGCAAAAAGUUAAGGAAGACUGCUGUGGCCAUAACCUCUUCACCCACCAGGCCAGCUGGUCAGCCUCCAGCAGGGGCUAUUGUAGCAGUGGGAUCUCUAAAGCCAUGCUGCCACCACUCCUAGCUAAGCCCUGUAUCCUGCUGUGGCUCAGCAUCUGGACUCCGGGGAUCCCAAAGACUUCUCUUUGCUCUCUCUUUCCCUUGGGUGUUACCCAUGUGCCCACAGUGGGGCUGAGCAGCUAAACCUUGCAAUGGAAGCAAGUAUAGAAGGAUGGUGGUGGCACUUGACCAGUGGGAAGCCCUCCAGCUUGCCAUCAGUUCCACUGUUUUCUUCAUUUUGGGGGACUGCAAGUUUUUGUCAGAAAGCUUUGGGGACCUAGGGGAGUGGUACCACGUGCCACAAAAACAGGACUGUGGCUGCAAAAGAUGGGAAACUGCAGCAGCUGCAGCAUCUUCCUAACAACCACAGCAGCAGCGGCCUUGUGUCUCUCUUCUUCCUCCUCUCUUCUGACCAAAUGUGUUGGGAAUUCUUUGUACCUAUCUUCAAUAAAUAAGUUUUAAUAGUCACAA